AUGUCUAAUUGGAAUCGAGUGAAGGUUUUGGGUAGAGGUUCUCAUGGCACGGUGUUCUUAGCAGUGCCAAUUAGUGCACCUUUUGAUUUUGUUGCUCUUAAAGUAGUUUCGGUAGAAUAUGCUUAUUCACUCAUGAUAGAAGAAACCAUUUUGCUCAAUUUUAAUGGAUGUCCCGAAAUUAUUCAACGCGUUGGGAGUGGUAUCUGUUUUGAAGGGGACUCUCUUGAUACUGUUACUUACAACCUUGCCUUGGAGUAUGCUGCCGGAGGUAGUUUAACUGACUUGAUUAGGCGACGGGAGAAAUUGCCAGAGGUUGAGGUCAAAGAGUAUCUCAAAAUGAUUUUAAGAGGCCUUUGUUGUAUUCAUGAGCGAGGGUAUGUACAUGGCGAUAUCAAACCAGAUAAUAUUCUUGUGUUCCUUGAUGAUAUUGGUAAAGUGAAGUUGAAGAUAGCUGACUUUGGGCUUUCCAAGAAAUGUGAUGAGUUUGAGGAAGUGAUGAUAUCCACUAAUGCCAAACCAAGAUUUAGAGGAACACCAAAAUAUAUGUCGCCAGAAUCCAUUCUUUUCGGUAAGAUCAACACUUCACUUGAUAUCUGGUCUUUAGGUUGUAUUUUAAUUGAAAUGAUUUCUGGAAAGCCGAGUUGUGAAUCAAAUGGAUUUACCAGCAGACAUUCCAGAUGA